UUAGGUAAUGGAUGGUGAGGAACAGAAGGGGGCGGGGCAAGAGGAGGAGGAGGAGGGGUCAACCGGUACCAUAACUGAAGGACUAACAGACAAUGAUAGCACCACUAGUGGACAAAAGUUUCUUCAGAUUCUUACGUCUUACCUUAAUGGAAAGAGUACUUUACUGCGAGAGGUAUCAGCCGAGGGUAUAUCAAAGCUCCUGUUAUCAGGACGUGUCGUUAGCGUCCCUCUGCUGGUCAAGCUGUUGCUAAUGUGGUACGAUCCAUCCCUCCAUGAUGAGGACAUUCGAACUACACUCGGACACUUCUUCCCAGCCUAUGCUGCUACUGACAGGUCGUAUCGUACCAGUAUUGCUGAGGCCUAUAUUCCGGUUAUGCAAGCAGUUCGUGAUGCUCCACCCACUUCCUCUCUAACUGAAGUGGAUGUCACUAACAUGUCAGGGUUUAUCGUCAGUUUAUCAGCUCCUCAUGAACCAACAGAAGAUUCUUCUCACGAUGAUUUGUCCAUUCAUGUAUUAAAUCAGAUGCUAUCAAUGACAUCAGCAGCUAAUAGUGAUGAUGAUGAUGAUGGUAGUUACAUUGAAUGGUGUAGGCUCCAUUGUCACACUCUUACUUUACUGAAGCUAUCACCUCAUAACACAUGUAACAAUAAAGAUGUUGUGAUACUAGUGGACCAACUCAUGAAUUCUGUGGAUGACAGAAGGUGUCUCAAUAGUUUGAAGAAGUUUAGGAACAUGAUUGACAAGCUCCUGCCUGUCACAGCACAAGUUAUACCAGAAUGUGAUAAAGAGAAUGCUUCUUCUGAAGUAGGCGUGGCUUCGGUAGCUGCCACGCCCACCACCAGAUCACAAGCUCGCCGCGUAAUGUCACAAUCUCAAAUUAGUACGAGGAGGAGGAGGAGGGGCAGAUAUGGGAAUGAUGAUGAUGAUGAUGAAGACUUUUCUAUUUCAAGUACAGUUAAAAAGUCAUCAAUGAAAUCCAGCAAACGGAAGAGUGCAAAGUCGGCUGCUAAGGAAAAGGAUGGACGGAAAAAAGGAAAAAGGAAGACACUAGAGCAUGAGAGUGACGCAGAGGAAAGUGAUGACUCUCUUGUAGGAGAACAUUCACCUUUUGUUCGUAAUCGUUCAAGGCCAAAGGGUUCCAGUGAUCCUGUCCCCUCUAUGACUAGUGACAGCUAAUCCUUUCCCUCUCUGACUAUCUUUCUUUCCCUCUCUUCCCCUUCUGCUUUCCAAAUUUUCCCCACAAAGAAAUCACA